UGCGACAAAAAACCUUCGCCAAGUGGUAACAUGAUUAUACUUUUAUGUAUUGGUAGUGUUAUUGCUUGGUCACGGUAGUCUACAGACAGGGAUUGUCCAUCUACAUAUAUUUCCGCUAAUCUUUUUUUAUCGAUAGGUUUGUAUACUAACAAUUCCUAUUUAUUUAUUUUUUUUUAAUGAUAGAUGCAUAAUCAAAGAUGACUUCCGUUGGCUAUGGCGAUACUUGCUUCCUCUCUUAGUUGAUGUAUUUGUUUAGGGCUCUUCUUUGUAUUGACUUCAUUCUUUUAUUGCCAUCAAAUAAAUCUCAAGCAAAAUCAAUUGGAAACUAUUAUCUUCAACAAGGUUUUUGUGUUUAUCUUUAUUACGUGUCAAUAAAUAUGAUAUUUUAUUUAUCUUUUACUUUUGUUGCCUAUUAUCUCUUCUCUUAUGCUAAGAUGUGUGAACUAGAUACAAUACCACCACUGAACUUCUACCAUCUACCUCAACAAUCUUUUUUUUUCAUCCUUUCUAUUUUGUAUUGUAGAUCACCGCUAGCACUAAACGUAAGCCUAAAAAGAAAAAGAAAAAACGUGAUGAGAGAAAUCUAGAUACAUGAAAACUUACUACUGUAUCUUUUCUGCCAAUAGAGUACAACUAGAUGAUUAUACAGCAGGGCUAGUUAAUCGCAUGCACAU